GGCGGCGGCGCCGGGGGCUCGGCCCGUGCGGGGCCCGCAGCGGCUGACCAUGGAGCCCCAGGUCCAGACCAGCACCAGCCCAUACCGGGGGCAAGGCUGCACGCAGGCCCCGCGGGCUUCGGAGUCAUCGGCCGAGACUGCAGAAAUCUCACCACCCUCAAAGCCUCAUCCCCCUGUCGUGGGCAAAGUCACACAUCACAGUAUCGAACUGUACUGGGACCUGGACAAGAAAGCCAGGCGACAGGGACCCCAGGACCAGUGGCUCCGGUUCUCCAUCGAAGAAGAAGACCCCAAAACGCACACUUACGGUAUCAUUUAUACGGGCUACUCGACCAAGCACGUGGUGGAGGGCCUGGAGCCCCGCACGGUGUACAGGUUCCGGCUGAGAGUGACCAGCCCCUCAGGAGAGUGCGAGUACAGCCCCGUGGUCUCCGUGUCCACCACCAGAGAGCCCAUAAGCAGCGAACACUUCCACCGUGCCGUCAGUGUGAAUGAUGAGGACUUGCUGGUUCGGAUGCUUCAAGGAGGCAACAUCCAGGUCGAUGUGCCCAAUAAGUUUGGCUUCACUGCCCUCAUGGUCGCCGCGCAGAAAGGUUACACCAGCCUUGUGAAGAUCCUGCUUUCGAAUGGAACAGACGUGAACAUAAAGAAUGGGAGUGGUAAGGACAGCCUGAUGCUUGCCUGCUACUCGGGGCACCUGGACGUGGUGAAGUGCCUGAGGAAAAACGGGGCCUCGUGGGAGGCCCGGGACCUUGGGGGCUGCACGGCGCUGCACUGGGCGGCCGACGGCGGCCACUGCCACGUCAUCGAGUGGAUGCUCAGUGACGGCUGCGAGGUGGACAGCACGGACACAGGGUCGGGCUGGACGCCGCUCAUGAGGGUCUCUGCUGUGUCUGGGAACCAGAAGGUGGCCUCUCUGCUCAUCGAGGCCGGAGCCGACGUGAACAUGAAGGACAAAGACGGCAAGACGCCCCUGAUGGUGGCCGUCCUGAACAACCACGAGGAGCUUGUCCAGCUGCUGCUCGACAAAGGGGCGGACGCGACCGUCAAAAAUGAGUUCGGCAAAGGUGUCCUGGACAUGGCCCGGGUGUUCGACAGACAGAACGUGGUGUCGCUGCUGGAGGAGAGGAGGAAGCAGAUGCCCAAGAAGCCGCCCCUAUGCCGCCCCGGGAAGCAGGGCUCCGCCGAGGCCUAGGCCGCCCGCUGGGAUUGAUCAGGCCCC